AUGAUGACGAGCCUGCAAUCAUUGCUGGGUUUUCAUUUCAAGGCAGUCUUCAAACUUACGCCGUUUGGUUACGGCUUUGCAGAUACGUGCUCAUCUACCUCGUUUCAUCUCGAUUGUGUGGGCGGCAAAACCAUCGACAGCGCAGCCGUUGACAUUCUGGACUCAUGGACUUCGCUACAGUUCCAGCAGCCAGAAGACAAUCACUCCCUACGUGAGCCCCAACCACUUCGGACCUUGAUGGCAACUCAGCGCCGCUUACAGCUUGCAGGGAUCACUGCCGGAGAGUCAGACGAUGAUGGCUUCUUUGCUGAGAUUGAAGUAUCAUCGGACAGCGAAUCUGAUUAUACUGAUGGCGAUCGGCUCGUCAUUGACAAUUGCUGUUUGGAUGGCUUCUCUUCUGGAGAUGAAGUAUUGUGCGACAACGACUCUGAUACCGAUGGUUCCGAAAGUUCUAGGUCUUGGGACCCCGCAUUCCAUGAUCAGCUUGCAGAGAAUCUUACAUGGCAGUCAGAUGUCGUAUGUGCAGACGCCUCGUAUAUCGUAGCUGACAUGGAUCGCUGUGGUGGGUCCAGUGAGGGCAUCGAAGAUGAUACUUGUGGGAGUGAGACUAGAGCCAGCGCGAUAUCUGUUUUUCUGCCUGUGGAAGUGAUGAGACACUUACCGUCCUUUUACUUCGACCAUGCAUACCUCCAUGCACUUGCUACAGUCUCUUCUUGGACGCUGAACAUGGUUCGAGAUAAGAAGAACUGGCAAGGUUUGGUCGUUGACAUUGACCAACCAGAUCUUCAACUCCCAGCUCGCCUCCGGAGCAUGAUGGAUCUGCUGAGCUUGGCCAGAUGGGUCUGUGUCAACAUUGAGCAGCUGAGUAUGCUUCUCAUCAUUCCAGCAAGUUGCAGACUGAACUGGACACCGGUUUCAAUUCCGCGGCCUCCGCAGCAUCCGUUCCUCAUGUUCGAUUUCCGCUCCAGAAAACCACUUCUGGGUGUGGCAGACUUCGACAUAGUGCUGCCUGCAGAACUGAAGGGACUCAUGAUCGGCGUGAGAGAAUGGCGGGGCAACGUGAGAUUCUACUGCAGAAUCGAUAAUGUCUUCCACAGAUCCAUUACCUGGUCUUUGGGUCUAAACGACAAUUCACCCACUCCGUAUGGUCGGGCAAGCCGGUUUGCGCCGCUCCCAGACCAAAGCAACCGGUUUCAGAUCCGGUGGAACAAAACUUUCUUUGCCAUUGCGCUCAACAAUGAAGGAGUGCUGCGUGCUCGGGUAACAGAGUCUGACGAAGGCCUGCCCGUGGAGCAUUUGCAGGACGACCACGACACGGCCAGCACUGCCGUGCUACGGCCAUGCACCGAGCUGGCGAGUCACAACUCCUGCGAUCUCGACACACAUCUGCAUAUCGAUCUCUACAAGAAAACUAUAUCAGCUGACGGAAUCAUGGAGAGAAAGCCGUACGGCUACACCACUCGCAUGUUCCACAGGGAUGGCUUCGACAGCUCGGAAUGGCGACGCGAACAAGUCAGCAGUUGGCGUGAAGCACUUGGGAGCUCUUGUAAGACUUAUGAGACAACUGAAGUGGGAGCAGUGGUGCCGUUCUGUCAGGGUGCCGACGCCAGUGACAAUAUGGAUGUGGACGAGAUUACCGAAGAAGGUACGUUCGCCUGGCAGAAGAAUGCGAAAACUCCCAUAUUCCAGGUGCCUGACGACCAUGACACGGCCAGCACUGCCGUGCUACGGCCAUGCACCGAGCUGGCGAGUCACAACUCCUGCGAUCUCGAUACACAUUUGCAGUUCGAGGCGGAGGGCCACACUUAUUUUUACAAAGGUGUGAAAGUGGGAUGCAGUGUGACGACUCUUAUCCACCAGUAUUCGGAGGACUUUGACCCGCUGCUCGCAUUGUCCAAGAUGAAGAACGGUACUCGAUGGCCUCGGUCUGAAUACUUAGAUGCAGAGAUGAAUUUUUCCUCUAUCGCGGGCAUGCUCAAGGGCUUGGACUUCAGAUAUCAAGCAGACCUGGUUGCACUCCUGCAAGAAGACAAGCCUGACGUCGAUGAGAUCUGUAGACUUUUCUGUAUAUCCCGUUCAGAGUUGAAGGAUUUGGACAAAGUCAUUGAACAAUUCGUCCUGCACGACAACGAGAUCAUCUUGCUUUGGGAAACUAAGAAGAACUGCGCCUCCAACUCAGGCACAUGGAUGCACGCCAUGCUAGAACACCUCUUCAAUGGCUACCAGAUUAUGGCCGGCAAGAUGCAAGGCGAACUGAACGCUGCGGUGAGAAUUGUGAGUCAAAUGGAGAAUGCGGUAGUCUACAGGACGGAGUGGUGUAUAUAUGCACCGGAAGAGGAUGUUGCAGGUUCGAUCGACAUGGUUCUUAAAGACGUCAACAACGACGUGCUUUACCUCCUGGACUGGAAGCGCAGCGAAAAGCUGGAGGAGAAGUAUAACAGUUACGGCAAGACCAUGCAUGCCCCCCUACAAGGAAUCAACGACUCGCAAGGUCACCAUUACAGACUCCAACUUAAUAUCUACAAGUGGAUAUUGGAAAAGUACUACCACGUGAAGGUGGCUGGCAUGAAAGUCGUAUGCAUACAUCCACGGUAUCUACCAGACGGUUUCGUGGAUGAUGUGCCUGACCUUGCAGAUGAAGUUUCAGCUCUGAUGCAAUGUAGAAGAAACGAAAAAUUAGCUGUCUGUGUACAACCUGAACCUCAGGAGCCUGCGCCGCAACCACAAAGAGAAGGGCUUGUUGUCCCAGAGACGGAGACCGGUCAGCCAAGUCUCACGCAACCAUUUCAGAUAUUGCCGAACACUCAAGCGUCAAACGGUUAUCGUGUCGAAGAAGAUCUGGAAGCGAUGUUCGAGGACAUGUUCGAAGAUGAAGCGGAUGCUGCCCGCAUGGCGGCAAAGAAGCGUCGUCUUCUACCAGGUGCAGCAGAACACUCCGACAGAUUCAGAUCAACGUUUCAGCGGUCUCAUGACAUUCUGAGAACCACACUGGAUGUUUUAGUAGCCGACAGGAGUGUUCAACCAAACACUAUUCUGCACAGCACGAAGAAGUCGCUGCAGGAACUGAGAAUGGAUUUCCCAAACGUCUCGGACCAGAUCAGGCGACUUGUGCUAGUCGCAGCCCACUUGACCGAAGGUAAGAUCUCCGACAAGCCCAUGCUUGCAGAUUCGGCUGCGUUGCUUUGGAUGGUCGAGGGUGAUCGGCACUUGAGGGUACACAAGGGAUUCCUUUACAUAUACGAUGGCGAUGGUUGUUUUCAGCCAUUCGGCGGCAUCCCGCCAGAGGCCGUGCUCCAUCGGGUCCACGACUUCUUUGUCUACCUGGAAGGCAUCCUCCGGCGCAUGAAGCCAGAGAACAGCCGCAGAGCUGCCUCUGUCGCCCGUGCCAUUGUUUCCGAUUUACAAAGCUUCGAGACCGAAGAUGAUUUCCUACAAGCAUGUAGAGACGCAGUGAACAGGCGUAGCACGACUGCAGCUUACCCCUCUAGGCUAGAUGCAGCUGAUGAUGAGGUGGCGAACCAAGCGCAAGCCGAAGCAGCGUCCGACAAUACUUGGACCAUAGACGCGGCAGAAAAGUCAUGGAAACUAUCAUGGCACAUCAGGACUGAGCUGAUGCAGACUCGGAUGAUUUCUCUGUUGGUCGAAUGGUGCGAAACAGAAGACCAAAGAUCAUCUUCUGUCACCUACGACGACGUAUGCUUCGUGUACGAUUCGCCAGGAUCAGAUAGUCCGAUCGAUGUGGUCAAAAAGAGUCCAGCCAACAACUGCUAUGUUCGCAUCCCUCAUCCUUUGCUGGAUCCAGUUAUGGAGAACAAGUUGGAGCGUCUCGAGAAGUUCUACCAGCAGACAUUCUGGUGCAAUCUAGAUGUCUUCAAGUGCUUCCAAGCAGCCACGGCUAUCGCCAAGCGCGGAUACAAUGUGGACAGAUGCUUCAUUGGCAUAUCACCUGGAGGAGUGGGGCAAAGUUUAUAUUCGUUGCAUCUAUCCGAGAUGUAUAAGCAAAACCAUACCUUUUUCGACCCCAACAUAUGGCACCUCGACGAAGAGCUUCGCAAGCAGGUGGAAACGUUUGCACGAUGUUUCAUUAUGACAGGCCAGGAAGCACCGGAGACCAGCAAGAAACUGCAUAUCGAUCUCUACAAGAAAACUAUAUCAGCUGACGGAAUCAUGGGAAGAAAGCCGUACGGCUACACCACUCGCAUGUUCCACACGGUCGGAUGGACUAGACUUGAAGUGAAUCGCAUGAUGCAGUUUGCCGGCGUUAAGAGCAGCGGUUUCAAUUCGAUGUUCAGGAGAGCUUUUGUGUGGAAAUCCAAAGCUCGGUUCAUCCACAAGAAGUUCUUAGCGAAGUACAUCGAUCAUGAGAAGGACGGAAUCUUCGAAGCAGACCCCAGUCUGAACAAGUUUUUGUCCACAUCUCAGGCCUCCAUUGCAGGAUUGCGGUUGCAGUGGGCGUUUGAACGGGAUUACAGCAAGGACGACUGCUAUCAGCUGAUAGAAAACUACUGCAAUGGUGGAGACGGUUUCUUGACUGAGGAUGUCAUGCGAAAUGCAUGUGGCUUGCCUGUGCGACAAAGACAUCAGCAAGUGGAAGAAGGUCUCGGCAACUUGCUCGAUGGCGAUGCUGAUAGUAAUGCAGAAAGGGAAGAUCGGGACAUCAGCUGGAAAAAUCUCAGAAGCUCGGUGAUACAGCACAUGCUCGACAAAGACCUCGAAGUCAUGACGUUCUAUGAGUUCAAAAAAAUGCCUUGCAAAGCAGGAGAACAUCCGAACCUGUCGAAGCAGGCCAUGUGGGACGAAAUGCCCAAGCAAGAGGUGGUUCGCACUGGCAUCGCGAAGCCGAAGACGGGCAAAGAAAGACCUGGUGCUAUCAUUCCUUCGUUCAUCUUCAAAAAGAAGUUUCACGAAGUAUGUCCUCAAACUGAAGCGGGCCAGGUUAGAAUGCAGUUCCAGGAAGAACAUGAUCUAGGCCGGCUUCGAAGCUACGCUUACAGAUGUGGAGGCAGAUCCAUCAACGAUGACAACAUGAAGAUGUACUACACAGCGAUGUUGCCUGCUUCAAAACGAGGACGAAGAAGUCUGGAACAGGAUGAACUUACGACGAAGUACCAGAAACUCAUCCAGAAGCUCGAGGACCAUUCCGAACACGUGACUUCUCUGCUAUCGUCGCAAAAGAGACGCAUCUUGGCGAAGACGUCAGUGAAUGAAGAUGGGAACGCUGCCGUUUCGUCAUCAUCCAUGUCGGCUACAUCGGUUGAGUACAAGUAUUCUGACAAGCAGAACUACAGCAUCCAUGGUCGUCGGUACGGCCCGAAGGGCAGUGCUCAGAGCACAUCCCGUCGCUUGCAGAAGUAUCUUGUAGACGGUCACACCGUUGAUCUGGACAUCCACAACUGCUGCUUGACGCUGAUCCAUCAACUUCUGCAGAAACUUAGUCCUGAUCCUCCCUUGGCUGAUGACCUUGCAGAAGUACUUGACGAAGUCACCCACAGACGUGCAGACUUUGUGGCCAAGCUGAAUGUGCAGAUUUCCGAAGGCAAAGACAUUAUCACUACCGUUUUCAACGGUGGUGCUCCACCAGGAAAGCUGAAAGACAAUCAGCUCAUCAAGAAGCUACAAAAGAUUGCAUUGUAUGUUCGAUGGGUGGCGUGCAAUAUUCUUCACGACGACUACAUGAGCUUGGCCGACAACAAGCUGAAGUCUUUCCCUUCUGCCACCAUCAUGUCUCUCAUGUGGCAUGCAGUCGAAGACAGUAUCCUCCAGGCUUGGUCCGAGCACGUUCUGAUGGACAAUCCCAAGCACUUGUCGCUGCACUUCGACGGCAUCCGGGUGUCGGCUGACAAGGUUCAGAACUCGGAGGACUACAUUCGGAAAUGCCAAGCCGUCGUCAAAGACAGGACUUCCUUCGACGUGAAGAUCAUGGUUAAGACACAUGGAUCGUUAAUAGAUCUAAUUCAAACUCGUGGAAACGUUGCGAACAACCUGACGAACGUGCCCGCAAAGCUUCUGGAAGCUGGCAAUUGCAUUCCAUGCAGUUUGUGGCAUUCGGAUCCCUUGUCCAGAACGACUGUGGCCGCUGCAGUACUUGACGAUGACAAGGCAGAAAAUGCAGAGGCCAAGAAAACCAGGUACAGAACCUAUCGUUCGGUUGCCACCAUGUGUGGUCUCGACAUCGUAAGCUGUCUUGGUCUGCCCCAGCCCCAUGUGAAAACCUUCCUGUUGCAUUACGAAGGGAACGGAUCGCCACAUUGCCUGUCGGUCCGGCUGGAAGGCGACACAGCUACCUUGAUCGAUGGCAACGUCGUAUACAAGAUUCCCGUAGGUGCCUUCCAGGAAGCUUGUGCUGCAGCUGUGGAUCGAUCAACUGUCGUUUCACAUUGGAAACGCGACGCGAAAGAUAAGCUCGAUGACAAGUCUACAUUGUUGUUGGACUUGGUCGCAGGUGCUACCUCUGGCACAUCCGACGAGGAGACAGACAUGGACAUCGACAAGGGCUUUGGAAAAAUAACACACGAUGAUGAAGACGAAAACACUCCUGUCAUAUCUGACGGGAUUCUUCAGUCACCCUGUCAAGAAGUGGAGGACGUUCUGGACAAGUUGAAGGAAAAUUCGCUUCGACAGGGCGGUCGGAGACAUUGUCCAUUUUGUCCGUUUCGUUCAUUUGCUCAACUGCGACAACUACGGACACACAUGACCAACCACCACACCGAGAAGAAUCAGUACGUCUGUUCUGGUACGAAGCAGAUCAAAGUCAUCCUGUCACUGUACGACCAUGGUGCUUCAUCACAAAGCAGAGUGGAAGAGCUUCUACAAUCCAGUGCAUCGUUGUUGCGAGCCACCAUCCAGCCAUCACUGGAGUCUAACCGCAACUCCAUCGACAAAAAAAUACGAUUGAUCUUGGAUGCCACUGGUCCUCGGUAUGUGAAUCUGGAAAGUAUCGGUACAACAAUAAAAGCCAGAAGAGUGAAGAACAUGUACUACACGCACUCCUUUGCGGAUUUGCUGCUACGAGAGAUGGUACUUGGUCACGCGCAGGCAACUGAGCGGAUAACAAACAUAAUGUUGAGGCAGUGA